UUCUUCUUUAUAUUUAUCUGCAUGUUUCAUAAUAAAAAACUAAAACUCCCUAGACAAUUUCAUUUUACAUAAUAUAUACAGGAGACUAGAAGAAAAUACAUGAAAAUAUUAAGAGAAAUCUGUUCUACUUGCUCAAGUUUUCUAAGUGUGCAUUACUUUUAUAUAGCAAAAUAUUUCUUAAAUGAGCAAGCAACAAGUCUUUUAAUUCACAAGUUUAUUCAUAAUUUGGAGGAGAUGAAAUGAUUUGAAGUAAAAUGUGUAAUCAAAAAAGAGGGCAGAUCUUGAGCAGAGUUAACAAAUCUGAGCUGUCAUUUUCUGUCUGUAAGCCUUUAAUUAUACUCAAAAGACUCCACCCUACACUAUAGUCCUUAUAGUUAUUAUUGCCAUAAAGGUCAAAUGUAGCAGCCACUUGGGCUCUGAAGCAUCUGCAUUCAUUAGCAACACAUCAUAAUCAACCACAGGUGAUAGCUUAAUUAAUUGUGAUGCCAUGGAUUACCAGCAUUCCAUUUCCCUCUGACAAGGAGCUUAGCACUGUGCUCAGGCCCAAAGGCAUAACCACCCAAAUGCCAAAAUCUCAGAAUUUCAGAUCUAUCUGCUGGAGCCACUCCAGACACCAAUUCUGUACCAGUAGAGAUUCAAACAGGAGAAACUAUUCAGUAAGUUAAACAAAAGGUAUUCAAUAUAAAUGAUUAUUAAGCUAUGAUAGGACAGUAAAUAUAAAGAUACAAAGAGGGGUAGGGAAGGGCAGGAGAGAGGGAUUCCAAAAAGGCAUCAGGAAACUUCUAAGAGUGAUGAAUAUGUUCAUUAACUUCAUUAUAUAGGUGGUUUCAUGAUUAUAUAAAUAUAUCAGAACUUAUCAAAGUAUAUACACUUUACGUAGUUUAUUGUAUGUGAAUUAUAAGUCAGUAAAGCUGUUUUUAGUUUUUCAGAGAAAAGGAAUUAUUAAACUAUAAGAAAGUAACACGGAGGGAGACGAUUACAAAGAAACAAACUUGGAAGAGAGCCUGAGGCUGAAAUUCAGUUUUCAUUGGAGCAGGUGUGGUUGCAGCACACUAGGUAACAGAGAAUCUCAUUGGGUUGACCAGACCAGAGCUGGUCCAAGGUUGCCCGGCAAACAAUAAACAGCCCACUGGGGUGAUGAUGGGUAGGUGUGCAGGCAGUCAGGGCACAGCUGCAGGCACCAGGCCUGGAAUGUACAACAUCUGCGUCAAGAGGGUUGCUGGAGGUGGGGCACGGUGGCUCAUACCUGUAAUCCCAGCACUCUGGGAGGCCGAGGUAGGCGGAUCACCUGAGGUCAGCGGUUUGAGACCAGCCUGGACAACACGGUGAAAUCCUGUCUCUACUAAAAAUACAAAAAUUAGCCAGGUGUGGUGGUGCCUGUAAUCCCAUCUACUUAUGAGGCUGAAUCACUUGAGCCCAGGAGGCAGAGGUUGCAGUGAGCAGAGAAUGUGCCACUGCACUCCAGCCUGGGCAAUAGAGCAAGACUCAGCCUUAAAAAAAAAAAAAGGGUUGCUGGAGCCUGGGCAACAUAGCAAGACUCUGUCUCUACAAAAAAUACAAAAAUUAGCCAGGUGUGGUGGCAUGCGCCUAUAGUCCCAGCUACUGAGAAGGCUAAGGCAGAAGGAUUGCUUGAGCCCAGGAUUUGAGGCUGCAGUGAGCUAUGAUCGCCAGUGCACUCCAGCCUGAGCAACAGGGAAAGACUUUGUCUCUUAAAAAAAAAAAAAAUCAGGAAAAAUAACUAACAGGUAGUAGGCUUAAUAUGUGGGUGAUGAAAUAAUCUAGUCAGCAAACUCCAGUGACACAAGUUUACCUAUAUAACAAACCUGCACAUGUACCCCUGAACUUAAAAUAAGUUAAAUUAAACAAAAAAAAAAAAAAGAGGAUGACCUCUGACCUAGUUUUCUUUUGGAGUUUUUUGAUACAGACAUACUUACAAAUGGACAUUAACUAGACAUACUCAUAUAAUCCUGUAUAUGUCUGUUUAUCAAUCUAUAUCUUUAAAAAACAAAAAAAGGCCCAAACGAAACCAAGGACAGAGGUCAUUUCCUUUCACAAAAAAAAAUAUAUUUUUUCUAGUCUAGGAUAUUAUCCAUCUAUGUUUUUAAAUGAAAAUGUUUUACAUUAUACAACAAUUUGAUUGUUACACUUAUCAGCUUCUAGAGGCUGCCAACAUCCUUGGCUUGUAGCCUCUUCUUCCAUCUUCAAUGCCAGCAAUGGCAGAUUAAUUCCUUCUUAUAGCACAUUAUUCCAAACUCCUCUUCUGCCUCCCUCUUCCAUUUUUAAGGACACUUGUGAUUACGCUGGGCCCACACAGAUAAUCUUCCCAACCCAAGGUCCUUAAUCACAUCUGCAAAGUUCCUUUUCUCAUACAAGGUAACAUAUUCACAGAUUCCAAGUAUUAUGAUACGGACAUCUUUGGGCAGUCGUUAUUCUGCCUACCAUGGUAAUUAUCACAUUUCUUGGCAACAUUCUAAUUUAUUCAUUUACUUAUUUAUAUCAGUGUGGAAUCACAGAUUACUGUUUUAUUCAAUGGGUUAUAAUCUGCUAUUGUAUUAUUAUUUUGAUGUUCAAUUGUUUGGCCAGUGGAGGCUUAUUCAAGCGAGCUUUUGUGUCUUUUUGAUGUGUUCCCAACAUUCUUGAGCACCUCCUUGUUUUCUGGCACAAGCUUUUCCAGUCCUGUCUUGUACUUUUCCUGCCCCAGCCCUGAAAUCAGCCAUUUCUUUAAAGAGAAUAUUGUUGUUUAUAGGAAUAUACAGCAUCAGAGAAACAACUUUCUCUCAAAUAACAAAAAACAUAAAAGUCUUUGUACUGUUUUUACAACUUUAACUCUGUAGUUACUUCAAAAUUUUAACAUGUUAUUUUAUUUUAAUAACAUAAUGUCUUCCAAAGUUCAAAGUAAUCACCUGUAUCAUAUUGUAUUAUGAUUUGCAUGCUUUUUUACUUGAAAUUAUAACAAACAUUUUCCCUUGUUGUUCAAACUCUUCAUAACCACUAUGUUAACAGCUACUUUGUACUGCUUUUAUAUGGCUGACACAUGACUUUGUCUACUUUCUUGCUGUACAACAUUGAAUUGAAUUCAACUCUUACUAUUACAAAUAAUUUUCCAGUGAAUAUAAAUCCUUCCAUACUUCUGAUUAUCUUCUUGGGAUAGAUUCCUUGACAUGGAAUCACUACACCAAAGAAACAUUUUAAGACUUCAUACAUAUUGCCCAAUUGCUUUCCAGAAAAGAACAUUCCUAUUUAUAUUUCCAAAUAAAUGCGCAUUUCUUUGUAUCGAUUCUCCCUUUUUGGUUUUUUGUUGGUGUUAGGUGAAAUUAUACAUGACAAAAAUAGCUAAUAUCAAAUGCUUACUACAUAUCUGGCUCAGUACUUCAUAUAAUUUCUUUUAACCCUCACAACUCUAUAGUAGGUUCCACUGUCUUUCCAUAAAUAUAGGAAUAAAAACUUAGCUCAACAGCACAAAGUGCUUAAAACAGUGCCUAACACACAGCAAGCACUUUAUAAAUAUUUCCUCUUAUUUUUAAGUGUUUUAAGUGUUCAGUUACUUGCCCAGUAACACUUACCUCUUAAAUAGUAAAGCUAGGAUUCAAUUAAAAGUCUGUGUCAUGAAAUACUGCUCUUCCCAAAUCAUCCAAGUAUUGCAUAAAUUUGCAUUUCUUUAAUUACUUAUGAGGUUGAAAUUGUUCACAUUUCUAUUCAUAAUGAAAUUUUAAGGCUAUUUGAAAACUUCAAGAAAAACAGAAAAACUAAUGUAUAUUAAUGGUAAUUUACAUAUUCAAAUUAGCUUCUGUUCUAAUUUUAUCUUUAUCAUUCAUGGAUCUCUGUACCAGACUCUGUGAUAAAUAUGGUUUAUCCCUGAGGCUUUCUCUGUAACAACAAAAUUAAGUUGCAAAAUAAUUAUAACGGGUGGAGCCAAGAUGGCCGAAUAGGAACAGCUCCGGUCUCCAGCUCCCAGCCCCAGCGACACAGAAGACGGGUGAUUUCUGCAUUUCUGCUUGAGGUAAUUGUACAAUGAGGAUUUUCAUCGCCUUUGAAGGAUCUUUUGAACCGUUUGAUGUUUCAGCAGAUGAAACUGUGGAGGUUGUCAAGCUGAUGAUAAAGGAUUAUUUCCACAUUCCUCUGUCUGAAGACAAACAAGGCAGGCGGUAUCUGGAGUUAAUGUAUGCUGGAGCUGCUCUAAAGGAUAGUUGGAGUCUUGCUGAUGUUGGAAUAUCUUUCUGUUCAACUCUCAAAUGCUUUGUUAAGGAAGAAGACAAGCCUACUCUAUACGUGUUCAAUGCUGUAACUCAAGACACAAUGCCAGUAAUGGAGAGCAUUUCCCUUCUUGAUAAAACAGUGUCUGAUCUGAGAACACUGGUAACUCUCAGAUGUGGCCUCCCUGUGAGUGUCUACUGUCUCCGAACCCCAAGGGGCCUGGAGAUGUAUGAUUGCAACACCCUCAAGGACUACCAGACUGAUAUUGGCACAACACUUCGCUUGGACGUCUGGGAUGGAUGGAAGGAAUUUCUGAUGAGUUGUCUCCUUGGACAAAAACUUAAAGUCCAACGCUACUUAUCAAAAGAAGGACCAGUACUCAAGUAUCAGAAAAGGGUAGCCCUGUACAUUGCUGCUUUUUGUGGGUACAUUGAACUCACUGAAUGGGCCCUGAAGCAGGGUGUGCAGCCCCACGAGGCGGUCGGUGUCCACCCCUAUCGAGCAUGGUGCCAUGAAGCCCUUCAUGCAGAUGUCUCUAAAUGCCCCAUUCAUGCAGCCGCAGAAGCAGGCCAACUGUUGAUUCUGAAGGCCUUUGUCAACUGCAGUGUGCUGUGCCUGGAAUGCAAAAAUGCAGCAGGACAAACUCCCCUGACCAUUGUGUUCAAACACAAGCAUAAAGACUGUGUAUUAUAUUUGCUCAGUAAAAUGUGGUCCACAGUUUCUUUUCCAAAAAUUUCAGUCCCAAUGAGGAUUUAUAUUAGAAUAAAACAAUGGAUCCUCAGAGCUCAGAGUCACAGUCUUCAUAAAAGCCAGUUUUCUGGAGCAAGGGUCUUUGGGGCAAAAGUUGGAGACAUUGUGAUGGUGGAUGGUUUCACCAAACCAAAAAUGACCUCCAAGAGCUGGCAGAAGUAUGGGAACGGCGACUCACAAAGCAUCGUGCUCAAGCUACCAUCUCUCAGCAAACAAACUGCAAGCAGCAAACCUGUCAAUCCUUUGCCAAUUUCACAGCCGGACACAAGAGAACAAGCCUUCAAAUUUCAUCCACUGGUGAAUGCAAGUACAUUCUCUGAAUUGCAAAAACAUCAACAACAAAAUCAGAAAAAAAUUACUGCCACAGCUAGGAAAAAAGAAAAGCUCAUAAAAAACACAUAUCUUCCCCAAGUCCCCCUCCCUCCAGUUUCAAGAGUGGGAUAUUCACAUCCAUCGUUUUUCUAUGCAACACCCAGUGCUGACUUUUUACUGAAGUCCUCCUUCUCAUCUUUCUCAGAGCACAGUGGGAAGACUCCAAGGGAGAACGCAAUCUACUGCUUAGCUGUGGCAAGUGCCUUUAAAGAGAAACGAUGGCUUCAGCAGUUAGAAAUAGCAAGAGUCCUGGCCAAAAAGAGCAUUUCUAACUUGACUACCCGAGGACGUCUGACAGCAUGUGAAAACUCUCUAGAAAUUGUGCUUUGAAAAGUCAUGACAACCUCAAUUUGGACAAAGACAUGAUCAAACAGAAUGUCCAGUUCUAAUGUUAACAUUUCUAAUAACAGUUCUGAUGUUAUCAUCUCUAGUAACAGUUAUAAUGCCACAUAACUUUUAAUAGGUUAUUUAACAUCAUGUUUUCUCGGACUUCAUCACACUAAGUGAAACUUUAGUGCUAUUUUUGCAUAAAGAAUAUGAGGAAAAUUCAGAAGAAACUGAGAAUAGUAGUUGUCCACAGGGUAGGGGAGCUGAGACAAUGGAAAACAAGGAAGUGAGAAUUUUUACAGUUCCUUUGUUUUUCUUUUUUUUCUAAAAAAAAAAUGUGUUUUGGUUUUUUAAGCCAUAUGAAUGUAGAACAUGUUUAAAAAUAAAUAAAAUGU